AUGCCUGCGGAACUCUGUCUACUGCUCCUGUUUUUACUCUGUGGGAGUACGGUUUCUAAAACGCAGCCUUCAUACGAACCGCUUUCUGGGACUCUGGAUUUUGGUUAUGUUCCUACAAGGACAUACGAUACCAGCACAUAUUAUGAACCAGGCCCGAUGGGGUUCUUGUUUCGAAUCGUACAUUCUUUCCUCUAUUUAGUGCAGCCAAAUUAUUUUCCUCAAGAUCUUAUAAAAAAACUCGCACAGCAAAGGUCUGGAAUUCUGUCGGGUGAUUAUCAAAAGCCAGAAAAUAUUGUCCUGACUCUUCAGGCCGUUUACUAUGAAAUUGGGUUUAUAGUCUUGGCCAUUGUGGGCCUUCUCUUUGUUCUGCUGCUGCCCCUGGUAGGGCUUUGCUUCUGCAUGUGCCGUUGCUGUGACAACUGUGGAGGGGAAAUGCACCAAAGACAGAAGAAAAACGCGGACUGCCAGCGGAGCUGCUUUGCUACGAUCCUUUUCGUUGCUUCUUUUAUAAUUAGUAUUGGAGUACUUUUUUCUUACGCUGCUAACCAGCACCUCACAACUCAAGUCAGGGGGGCAAGGAAACUGGUGAACAGUAACUUCAAAGACCUGAAGAUUUUCCUGAACGAUACUCCAGCGCAAAUUGAUUAUUUGGUGAGCCAGUAUAAUACUACCAAGAAGAGGGCGCUUUCUGAUCUUAAUAAUGGGGGGCCACUGCUUAGCAGCCGAGUUCAGGAGCAGUUGGGAAAGGAGGUGCAGCCUGCCCUGGAUGCGGCCUUGACCAUGGCAGGAGUCAAAGUGGAAAGGGCCAUUAAAGCUAUUAGAGAAACAAAGGAGGCACUGGAGAAUGUGAGCGUCUCUGUGGAAGUCUUGCAGGAGGGCACCGAGAGGCUGCAGGCCAACCUGACCGAAGUCAAGGGCCAUCUGAUGAACACGCUCAAUGAUUCGGCAUGCGCCACGGCCCAGGCGGCUUCCAUCUGCAACGUCAUCAGGAACUCCUUGAGUCAGCUGAACAUCAACGCGAACUUCAGCCGAUUGCCCGGAGUGAGCACUCAGCUUGCCAAAGUCAACGAUGUCCUUAAAACUGACCUGUCUAGUCUGGUUCAAAAGGGUUAUGCAGCAUUUAACGAUACUCCUGAUUUGGUGCUCAAUCAAACGAGGAACAUUUUAUCAGCAGCUGUUCCUUAUAUCAAAAAUGUCCUGGAAGCCAUUGGUUCAAAUAUCACAGCCUUUACUAAAACACUUCCUGUCCAGAAGAUACUGGCAGACUUCACUUUAUAUCUUACUCAGGGUGAGGCAUAUGUUCAAGAUUAUUUUCCUUUUGUGGAGCAGUAUGACUUCUACAGGUGGCUGUGUUGCUUAGUUCUCUGCUGCAUGGUGAUACUGAUCCUUGUCUUUUACUAUCUGGGACUGUUGUGUGGUACCUGUGGUUUUGACAAAAAUGCCACUCCCACAACGAGAGGUUGUAUCUCCAACACCGGAGGAAACUUCCUAAUGGCGGGCGUGGGCUUCAGCUUCCUCUUCUCGUGGGCUCUGAUGCUGAUAGUAGUGGUCACUUUUGUGGCUGGCGGAAAUGUGGAGAAGCUGGUCUGCGAGCCCUUUGAAGACAAGACAUUAUUCAAAAUUCUGGACACUCCGUAUAUGCUGAAUCGGCACUGGAAACACUACCUUUCUGGAAUGAUUCUCAAAAAUCCAAAUAUUAACUUGACGUUUGAAAAAGUGUACAGUGACUGCAAAGAAAACAAAGGAAUUUACACUUCACUCCACCUAGAAAACCUCUUUGAUAUCUAUGAAUUUUUGAAUGUGAGCAUGUAUGCAGAAGACGUAUCACUUAAAAUCAAGCAAAUUAAUAUCAAUCUGAGCAAUAUCGUUUUGCUGGAUGAAACGGGAAAGGAGAAUCUGUUGAAUUUCAGUUUCUCAGGAAUAAAUGAGAUAAAUUUUGCAGCAUAUCUAUCGGAGAUCAACAAAAGUGUUACCAAAGUGGACCUCUUGUCAUUUGCUAAUGACUUGGAAGCAAGUGCAGACCAGUUGCCCAAAGGAGCAUUAGAAAAUGCCUUGAAAGGACAUGCAAACAAUAUCCGGAUGAUACAUAACCAACAGGUGAUUCCAUUGGAGCAAGCAAUGAAAUAUGUUAGAGCGAGGAGCUCUUUGAACCAGAGCAUUAGGUUACUGCAAAGGACAGCAACUGAACUUUCAGGGAAAGUGAAAAAUGUGAUCAGUGCCGUUGAGGAUGCUCAGCUCCUUAUAAACAAUAAUGCUUCAUCAGUUAUUGUUGAGGAAACAAAAAGGUACAUGGACACCAUAAUAGGUUACUUCAAGCAGUAUGCUGCGUGGGUCAAGGAAUCGAUUACUAUGGAAGUGGCAACAUGUAAGCCUAUUGCCAAUGUGAUAGAUACAGCCAUAGAGAUAUUUUUAUGCAGCUAUGUAACCGAUUCUUUGAAUGCUUUCUGGUUUGGUUUGGGAGGCUGCUCGGUAUUUCUAAUCCCUGCCAUAAUUUGUGCCGUGAAACUAGCCAAAUACUACCGGAGGAUGGAUACAGAAGACGUGUAUGAUGAUGUUGAAACUAUGCCCAUGAAAAAUUUGGAAAAUGGUAAUAAUGGUUAUCAUAAAGAGCAUUUAUAUGGUAUACACAAUCCAAUUAUGACCAGCUCUGUUGAACAGUGGCAGUAAAAGCAGGACAUAUUGAGGUCUGUGGGAGUCAUGCUUCAGGUUCUUCCGGAAUACGCAUCUUCCCAACCAAUGUCAAGUUCCGCAUUUACAUUCAGAAUCCCGAGACCGCCUCAUUUGGGGCCUGUGGGACAAAGUAUCGCUGAAAGAAAGCUGUUGGACCUCAGGCCAUAAGAUGCUGGAUGAGUUCUUUGUGAUUGGACAACAAAAUGUCAAUUAUUUGCAGUUCAAUCCAAUUGAUUGAACUAAAGGGUUUGAAGGUCUUGUCUUCGAAAACAUUUUUUUGACUUGCGUGUCUACUCUGCAUCAAGUAGCAUAUUGACCUAGUUUACACAGGGUUGUUGGGUAGGAGGGGUUUACUUCAAACUAACUGCCCAAUCCAAAUUCUUAAGUUCGGAGAUGUUAAUACAAUACAUAUUGAUGUGUUUACAUGAAGAAUAUGUUUUGUGUACAGACACUUUUGUAUCUGUGUUUUUUACAGCUGUCUCGCAGCAGAUUUUUUUUAAUACUGUUUGUUAUACUUCACAAGCAACCUAUUGAGUGUGAUCAGAGGUUUUUCUGGUGCUGUAGGACAGGCACAUUGGAUUGUAAGAAGUAUGGAAGCCUGUAUAUCUUGUGCAUUGUCUUUGGAAAAGCUAGGAUAAUCAAAGGUUAAUUCUUCCCUCUUUCUGAAUUAUUUACUAUGCUGUGUCAUAAAGACCCAAAGUAUAUUUUUUAAAGAAAAUAGCUUUAAAAGGUGCAGACAAGAAUGCUAUUGGCAAAAUUAAGCAAACUGUCACAACAACCUGCACACACACAACAUGGCGUAAGGAGGUGUCAGAAAGCCUAUUCAGAUAUUCAGCAAAUGAUGUGCCCUGCAUAGAAAGAAAGAUGGCGUACGGAGUGGUUGGCCUUGGUUUGCUCCCAUGGAUUUGCUCUAAUGCUUAAAUGUGGCCACAGUCUAUGCACCCCACUUUUCUAGGGGUAAAGACUGUGUGUCAGCAAUACCCGCAGAGAUUUGUACACUUUCACCCCAUAUAGAUGUUAUUGCAAAGGCAUGGGCACAAGGUAGAGCUGAUGGACAAUCCCAAACCCAUUGUCACAGUUAGGUUAUGCUGUUUGCCAAAGAUUAGGCCUAGAUGAAGACACCGUGCCCUUCCACCAAGUUCUGUGUUGGUUUUAACUUGUCAGCUGUAUUUUGAAAA